AUCACCGACGUGUUUAUACCCCGGCCCUUCCGCUCUUUCGCCUUCAUCACAUUCGACGAUGCAGACGUAGCAGCCUCCCUGUUAGGACAGGAUCAGGUGGUGAAUGGUGUCACCCUUACUGUGGGCUCCGCGGUGCCUAAGAUGCCCGCCUUUCCGCGACACUCCAACCAGAACAUGAUGCACAGCAUGUACCAGGGCAACAUGGCGCCACCACCACCACCACCACAACAACAACUCCCCUGGAACCCUUGGCAACCUCAGUUUGGUAGCUAUGGCUACGCAGGAGACGGUGCUCCCGUGCGGACGCGUUACAAUGCAAUGGCGCCUGGCGUAAACCAGGCUGCAAUGUCAACUGCGGCCGCCCUAGCUUCCCAGUACACACGAGCUCAUCAGAACCAAAUCACUAACUUUGCAAGGCAGCGGGCCAGUAUGAGUCCUGUGCAAACAUAUCCCGGUGGCGGAGAUAGUGCUGCCCUGGCCACCUUAAACAUCCUCAGCAAUCCCUCUGUCGUGGCGGCUAUCGUUAAUGCCGCGAAAGGUGACGGCCUCUCCAACGGUCAGGGCAACUCAAUGGCCCCCACGAUGGGAGAAUAG